AUGGGUCAACUUGCAGAACUCGAUUUCAGUGGUGAUACAUUUUGGACAGAGCUUGAACUUCUGGCAUUGCGCGAAGCACGAGAAGACUUGGCUGACCCUGUUCAGAAAACAAGUGGUGGUUUCAGUAGAGCUGCUACAUGUUGGGCAUCCCUUUUGGCAUCAGGACAGCCUUUCCAAGUUUUGCACAGCCGCCCUCUACAAAUGGCAGGUCAGUUCUUGCGGAGCGUUCUGGCAAGCAUUGGCGCGCCUCAAACGCCAGGCAUUUUUGUUGUCUCGGUGAUUGGUGCUCAAUCUUCUGCCAAGUCCACUUUACUGAAUUUUUUGUUUGGCAGUGGUUUUGCAGUCUCUUCUGGACGUUGCACUCGUGGCUUGUAUGCAUCAUACUUUGCGAGCGAUUCUGGGCGACCUGUGCUAGUACUUGAUUCCGAAGGUCUGCUGUCACUUGGUUCUGAAGGGAGCACCUUUGACGGCCAAAUUGCGAUGAUGUGCAUGACUUGCAGUCACUUGGUCCUGGUAAACAACAAGGGCGAGCUGUCGCGACAGCUUCAGGACAGGACAAAACUCUUUCUUAAAGACAACGAAGACCAGCCAGUAACCAUCUACGACUACGACCUUCUGGAGGUUUGCCUGUUUGCGAUGAAGCACUUGCGCCUUUCACGCUUGCAGCCGCGGCUGGUUUUUGUGCUCCGAGAUCAGCAUGACCGUUCUCGAAGUGUGCAUGAAGAUAUGUUGAAGCAGAUGAAAAACAACUUGGAAGAAGCUGCAAAAACUUUGGGGUCCCCGCUCCAAGACCUGAUUUUGCUUGACGGCACAGCUGUGUUCCUCCUUCCUUCUGCCAUGAGUUCGGAAUUGAGACAGGGCCGGGAGGUGUGUUGGACCAGUGAGCUGUUUGCCCGAGAAGUGCUAAAACUCCGUGCGGACGUUUUCCGCUGGUUGCAGGAAGACUGUGAUCGAAGAGGUUCUGAACUACCAGAGUUUUCGUCCUUAGUUCAUUGGUAUGACUAUGCUGCCACAGUAUGGGAAACUUUGGAUCAGUUCGGCCAACAACUGCUGCACUGCAGAACAAUUCAUGAGAUCGAACAGCGGCGAGAGCUUGCAGAUGUUGCCAAGAGUGCAGUUCGAGAAGCAUUGGAUGGGGCAGACCAAGCAGGUUUCCAUGAGAGAGCACGGCAACUGGUGGACAGCUUUGUAAGCAGAAUCCACUCAAAUCCAACACGCCUUGAUUUGGAAACCACAGACCUCGAACUCAGCAGAGCAUUGGCAUACCUGCGGGAUGAGUGUGUGGGGCAGCUGGAAGAGCUUUUUCAGCAAAAAGCUUCGAGCCCCCGCUUCAGUGCAACAGCCAAGGAGCAAGCAAGACAGCAGAUUCGUACACCCAUAGAGUGGGCUUUUGAGAAUCACCUGUACACAUGGAAACUGCAUUUGAAGAAGGCCUCUGAUGAGCGGGCCAUGCACGAACUCUGGGUUCACUUUACUAAAGUCUUGAACCGACACCUGGACAACUCCAAUCAUCGAUCUUGCUUGUCGGAAGAUGAAUCCCGUGAGCUGUUCGAGAGCGAGUGGCGCAUGUAUGAAGCUUCAUUUCUGGAACGCUUGCAAAGUCUCACGAAAACUUGGCAGACUUUAGCACAUGAAGUUACAUUGCUUUUCAACUGUGCAGUAAACAAGUUGCAUCAUGAAACAGGAGCCUUGGCUCUUUUGAAGGAAGCAGGCCCCCAGCAGCUGGCCCAGUUGGGUCCUGACAACAUGAGAAUGAGGCCUCUCCUAGAACAAAGCAAUGCAGAAUGGGAAAGCAGUUAUUUUCACAUUGGCUGGUGGGGAACUAUGAAGAUGCAUGGUUUGGCUCUGCUGCAUGCUGGAGGAAAUUUGUCAGACGUGACUUUGAAAUCUGGCAGCAUUCUGCACAGCGUGAUUCCAAGAAUGAAGCAGAUUGUCCAACACGCCUUGCAACAGCUGAAAUCCGAAGUUCAUGCCAGGGGUGUGCUUGAUGAAGCCACUGCCGCUGACGGGUUGCGACAUUUGGCAAGUGUGACUUUACAUGAAUUGGAGUCGAGGGCCCUUGCUGACCGUUCGGAGUCCGUGUCUCUGAAGCGGCCUCAAAUUCUACACGCGCUACAUUUGGCUCUUCGGACCACUUGCGUUGAAGCUCUUGAGGAGAUUGAAACAGAGAAGCAGAAGAAGGCAAUGGCUGACCUCCUGGCACAGAAAGCCUUGGUUGAGGAACACUUUCUUCUUAUCGUCCAAGCAAACAAGGGAGACGUGGAAAGGGCAACAAACUUUGCAACAUUGUAUCAUAGGUCGUUGAGUAGCCAAGUGCUGCAGCAGAUGCCGGAUCCACAGAAGUCUGUGGAAAUGGCCUUCCAGAUGUCCUUUGGUUCCAGAAGCUGGUCUGACGUGCUUGAGUACGUGCUUGACACCAAUGCCUAUUUGGAAAAACAGUUUCUCAACAUUUUUCAUCAGCAGAAGCGGUCGUUCGUCGGUGCAGCACGCUCCCGUGUGGAGAAAAGAGUCUUCAGUGCAUAUCACCUUCUUCAAGAUGUAGUUGGCGAGUGGGCUAGAAAGGUGGUAUGCCCCGCAGAGAAAGUGCACGUUACUGUUGAGCAGGGGCGAGAUGGACGCACUGACAGCUCAAGAAGGUCUAUCAAAGAACUAAAGGAUUUCAUCUCAAUUCAUGCUGAGCACGUGCCCACCAAUGCCGACCUUGCUGAGGCUCAUCGCCAGCUGGCUGAACGCCUGCCCGCAACCGCCGAUUUUCAGAUUGCAGAUCCGAAACUUUUUGCGGAGACGUUGCAGGCACGCAUCAGCGACUUUGCGGACUCGCGUGAGAUACCCAAGCGGUUGUCCGAGCAGCUGCAGAAGGCGCUUCGAGAGCAAUCUCUCCAAGCCUGGUCUUUGAUUCGUGGGUGCUCUGAACGAUGCCCACUUUGUGGAUCCAAAUGCGACCUGGUCGGUGAGCAUUCGCGGCACCAUUGCGCGCAUCACUUGUUUCCGGCAUUCCAUGGGUGGAUGGACCGCCGCACAGGGCUACCAUCUUUCCAUCAUUGCUUGAGCUGUGACACGCGGGAGGGAACGUACGAGUGUCGUGAUGGCGUUUGGCGAAAACUGGAGGACUACUUGCAAGCAGACCACCCUUCCUGGCUCCCUUUUGCUACUGACUCUGCAGGCGCUGGGGGCCGUGAUGUGCAACUUUUGCGUGCAGCCUGGGUCAAUUGCCGAGAGCCCUUGCUGGAAUACUUUUCGCCUAUGGCUGAUGACUGUGCGACGCUUGGGGUAUUGCACUGCAUGUGUCACUUGGCAAGCGCAAGUCAAGGUCCGGAAGAGUGGGUCAAGAGCUAUCACGAGGAAGGCAGGGCGCUGUCGCGGAAGGACUUAGAUGCAGCCAAGGACACCAUCCGAAAGCUGCGUCUUCGCAGAUGGACACCUCCAGAGUGAUGUGGACGUUUUUGCCAGUCUUCCAUGACGCUGUUGCCGCGCACACACCCACAGUGCAUAUAAAGUGCACUGGAUGGGUAGAUGAUGGUGGUUUAUUUGGUAUGCUUUUGAAUUUUCUGCAAACUUUCAUAAUUCAAGAGUGGCUGCUAAAGUUGCUGUGCUGGCUCAACACUGCGCCCACAUGGCCGCGGGGCCCACACAGGCAUUGGGAACCCAAUGCGACCAUAAGAGCUAGCGGCGCAAGAUGACAAUCAA